UUUUAAUUGAUUUUUACUGUUCUAUUAUGUCAAAUAUCUCAAACAGAAAUUUAACUCAACUGGUCAAGCGACCUAAUAUUGGUAAGGCUGGUACACCAAUACGUGUACGAAGUAAUUUUUUCGAAAUGCUUACACUUCCUGGUCAAAACGUCCAACAUUUGAAUAUCCAAAUCUUACCUGAUGGUCAUCCUCCUGCUCUUCUCAGAAAGGUAUGGCAAUUUUUUCAAGAUAGCCCUAAAGGUCAAUCUUUUCUCAAUAAUGUCAAACCUAUUUUCGAUGGUCGUGCGAAUCUUUUUUCUUCAAAACCACUCAAGUGUGGGAAUGACAAUAUUGGUAUCUCCUUUGAGGUCAAUCUUCAAGAAGGAAAUCGUUCUGGUGGUGUUUUUAAGUUAAAUAUCAAGCCUGUAGGUGUAAUCAACAUGAGUGAAUUACAAUUAUUCUUGGAUGGCAGAUCUGGCAUUACCAACAAUUGUUUAACUGCCAUUAUGGUGUUGGAUGUAUUAAUUCAUCAACUUCCCAGCAUGAUGUAUCCCACGAUCGGUCGAUCCUUUUUCACUCCUCAAGACAAACGUCCUUUGCACAAUGGUGCAGAAGUAUGGCAAGGCUUCUAUCAAUCUGUUCGUCCUACUCAAGGCAAAAUGAUGAUCAACCUUGAUGUUAGUGCUACUGCUUUCUAUGAAUCUGGUCCUCUUCAUGAAAUGCUCCCUAAGAUUCUUAACCGUCGUAGUCUUGAUGACCUUCGUCGUGGUAUUCCUGAUCAUGAACGCAUCAAGGUCGAAAAAAUUCUGAAGAAUCUCAAAAUCAUUGUUGUCCAUCGUGGUGCUGAAAAACAAUUGAAAUACAAGAUCAACAAACUCACGCCCACCUCUGCUGAAAACACUCUAUUCAAAGGUAAAGAUGGAAACGAAAUGACUGUUGCGCACUAUUUCCAACAAACAUACAACAGACGUUUGGCCUAUCCCUUCUUACCCUGUGUUGUUGUCAAGAAAGAUAUCUUUUUACCUAUGGAAGUUUGUGAAGUGAUUCCUGGUCAACGUCAUUUGAAGAAAUUGAAUGAAAUGCAAACCGCCGAAAUGAUCAAGUUUACUUGCCAAAAGCCCACUGUCCGUGCCAAUAAAAUCCAUCAAGCCGUCAAUCUUCUCAAAUACAAGGAUAACCCAUACAUUCAACAAUUUGGUGUUAAUAUCAAGUCCGAAAUGGCCACGGUUAAUGCUCGUGUUCUUCCUACGCCAAAGAUCUCUUAUCAUCCUUCCUCUCAAAACGCUACUUUUGCUCCUGUUGGUGGUGCUUGGAAUCUUCGUGGAAAAAAGGUGGCAAAGGGUGCCAACUUGGGUUCUUGGUCUAUCGUAAAUUUUGCAAGCAAAAUACAUGAUGGUAUGAUCCAACGUUUCAUUCCUGAAUUAUGUCAAACAUUUGUGGAUACUGGGUUGAAUGUCAUCAAUCGAAAACCACCUAUUACUCAUGCUAAUCCUCAGGGUAAUAUUGAACGUAUUCUCAAGGAAGCUUGGUUGAAGGCUGGUAAUGCUGCCAAGGCUAAACCUCAAUUGAUAUUCUGUAUCUUACCUAACACUGGUGUUCCUCUCUACGCUGAAAUCAAACGCAUUUGUGACACAGUUACCAGUGUUGCUAGUCAAUGUGUACAAAGUAAGCAUAUUGCUGAUCCCAAAAAACAAUAUUGUGCCAACGUGUGUUUGAAGGUGAAUAUGAAACUUGGUGGUAUCAACUUGUUUAUGGAUGGAUCUCAAAUUCCUUUUAUUUCACGCAAACCUACUAUUGUCUUUGGUGCUGAUGUUACUCAUCCUUCUGGUAAUACGGACAGACCAUCUAUCGCUGCUGUGACUGCAAGUAUGGAUGCUCAUGCUUCCUAUUAUGCUUCCACCGUCCGUGUUCAAGCCCCCCGUACUGAAAUCAUAGCAGAUUUAGCUAACAUGGUCAAGGAAAUGUUAAAGGUCUUCUAUCAAACUUGUGGUCAAAAACCUCAACAAGUCUUGUUUUAUCGUGAUGGUGUUUCUGAAGGUCAAUUUGAUCAAGUACUCAGAAAUGAAGUUACCGCUAUCCAUGCCGCCUGUUCCUCUCUUGAAAAGUCUUACCAACCUCCUGUCACCUUUGUAGUUGUCCAAAAACGUCAUCAUACUCGAUUCUUUCCUAUUCAAACUCGUGAUAGCGAUCGAACUGGUAAUUGUCACCCUGGUACAGUUGUUGAUACUGGUAUUGUCCAUCCAUUUGAGUUUGAUUUUUAUUUGCAAUCUCAUGCUGGACUUCAAGGUACAUCACGUCCAACUCAUUAUCAUGUUCUAUAUGACGAUAACAAAUUCACUUCGGAUGAUUUACAAGAACUCACUUAUCGUUUAUGUUAUAUCUAUGGUCGUGCUACUCGCUCUGUUUCCAUCUGUCCUCCUGCUUAUUAUGCUGAUUUGAUGGCUGCCCGUGCUCGCUUCCAUCUUAAAGGUGAACAUUGGGAUGACUCUGAAACAACUGAAUCCAUUGAUAUCGAUACACAAAUGGCCAACUUCUCUACUGUCAAGCCCGAAAUGCAAAAAAUCAUGUAUUUUAUGUGA